GCGAGGUAGCGGUGGCGCCAAGAACAAUUUUAGGCUCUACCUUAGGCUGUUGUUGUUUGUGAAGAAGCUGACAGUCCGAGGCUUGGAAAAUUGGAAAGUUGAAUGUGUGUGGUGUGUAUUUGUGACGAAAAACCCUGAGGAGCAUCGUCGAAUUGUUGCGAGGAUGGCUGCCCCCAAUGAACAUGGUCCCGACGGCUUUGUGGAAGAAGAAGAAGACGAAGAAGAUAUGGAGGACGACGACGACGACCUCUCAGAUGAGGAAGAUUGGGACGACGAUGAAGAUUGGGAAAGUUACAGCUCGUCUGGCGAGCUCUUCUACAUCCCCGGCGACUACUCCGUGGAAGAAUCUCCGUACACGUCCUCUUCUUCAGACUCCGAGGACGUGACUACUGCCUACGUGGAGGAGACGGAGUCGGACGAUGCACUCGGAGAGGAGUCCGACCGUUGCGCCGUCUGCUUCUCGAAGGCGUCCAUGCCCUGCGACCGGUGUGACGACGAGUUCUACUGUGGGAUUCUACACAGGAUGAUACACGCCAAGGAGCAUAGACGCUCGUGCGUUCCUAAGGGCGGCGCUGCACCCGCCGCUGAUGAAGAGCAGCCUUCGCUGCCAAUUGUACAGGACGCUCCACUGGUGACCCUUCCGUUGGACACGCUGCUCGCCAUAUGCAAGUUUCUCGGGUCGAGCGAGCUGGUGCGUCUCGGCUGGGUGUGCCGUCGGCUGCGAGAGGUGGCCCGCUCGGCGGCCGCCUGGAGCCACGUAGAGUACCCGGACGUGGACGUCCUGGAGGACCUGUGGGUGAAGAAGUUCUCGGACUACGGUGUGCUGCGCAUCGCUCCCGCCCUCGACACCCUGGUGGUCGCGUACGUCUGGCCGGCCGCCAACCUCACCCGCUGCACCAGGAAGGUGAGGCAGUUCGAGCUGGAGUGGGACACGUCUGUCUUGGACGCCUACGACACGGACAAGGUCAUCAGGCUGCUGCGGCACUACCGGGGCCAUCUUCAGGUGGUGAAGCUGAGCUGCCUGGAGGCUGAAGGUCGGUUCGACAAGGCGGAGGACAUGAGGUUGCUGCGGGCCGUGGACCGUCUCGGCAUCAAGGAGCUCUACGUGGCGGACACGCUGCUCAAGGUGUACCCCGGCAGCACCAAGGCCGUCACCAAGCUGGAGGUCGGCGUCGACGUCAGCGGGCCCGUCCUGGUGGACGCGCUGUCUCACUGCCACCAAACCCUGACGUCCUUCCGAGUGGACCCGAUGUUGCUGGAGAGGAACCGGUGGGCUUCUCUGGGGAGGAGGCGGGUGCAGCGCGAGCUCGCCAAGUGCACCAACCUGGAGGACCUGCGGCUCAGCAUGUUCGGGAUCAACAUGAAGGUGCUGGACUCGUUCCCCCGACUGCGUUCGCUGAGCCUGCUCGACGUCGGCUCCUGCAAGCACGUCCCGGCGGGGCACUUCCUGGAGACGUCCCCCACGAUGCGAGUGCUGCGGCGCCUGUCGCUGUACUUCGAGUCCACGAUGCACUACGGCCUGCUUAAGGCGGCGGCCAAGGGCUGCAUCAACGUGCGGCACUUCACGCUGGCCUGCCGGGGCAUGUCCAGCACCAGCAGGGUCAGGUUGAGCGUCCACAGGGACCUGGCCGCCCUCCUCGGCCCCAUGGGGGACCUGGAGACGCUCGUGCUCAUCAAGGCCAGGGUCCCCAGCACCGUGUUCCAGAGCCUGGCGCGCGGCGCGCUGCCUGUCCUCAACACGCUUCGGCUCAGGAACUGCGCGGUUACGGUGAAGGGCCGCGGUGAACUGGAAAAACUGCAGGCGAGCCGGCCCAGCCUGAACGUCGUGGUGACGAAUUUGGACCACGCAGUCUACAAUGCCGUCAUCGACAGGUCCACCAUGUGGGGCGUACGCUGCCGGCGCCCCAUGUGCCACCCGCCGUCGGACUGCGAGGACAGCGACCCCGUCCUGGACGUGGACGACGGCUCCGCCGACGGCGCCAACGCCAACAUCGGCAUGCUGUACGAGGACUCGGACCACAGCGACAUCGAGGACGUGCCCAAAACGGUGGGUGAAGUCCUGGAUGACAUGCGCCAGGCCCUAGGGGUGCCGCCCUGGGUCCGGCCCGCAGCAGGCGCCAGAGACUCCGAACGCGGGGGUUCUAGCUCUGGGUCUGCGUCGGAGUUUGAGUGAAGGUUUGUUGAAUGGGGAGUACUGCAUGUUAUAGAUUAAAAAUGAAACGACUACGCUUUCAUUUAGGAAUUCCAUGAUUUAAAAUUAGAAUGAAACGACUACGCUUUUGUUUGUGAAUCCCAUGGUAUGAAACUAAAAUGAAACGACUAUGCUUUCAUUAGUGAAUUCUAUGAUACAGAAUUAGGAUGAAUCGAUUACAAUGUCAUUUGUGACUUCUUUGAUAUAAAUUUAAGAUGAAACAACUAUGCUUUCAUUUAUGCAUUAAGAACUUUUUGGUACAUGGAUUGUUUUGCUUGAGCAGCAGUUGUUAUUGACUGCCUUACUUCCAAGUUGAGUCUAUUGAUUCUAUUUUUCUAUGUAUUGUGUAUUGUUUAGUCAUUAAAUAUCAAAGUUCCUUGAAGAAUU